UGGCCACUCUUUUAUCCAAAUCCUUUUUCUUUAUAAAUAUAAUUAUAUAUCCUUGCAAAUUCAUCUUCACCAUAGCAACUUCUUGUUUCUUGGAAAAAACAAGAGGGUCUUGAAAAGUUUCAAAAGGAAUCUCAUUUCUCCUCCCUGGUAAAUUGACCAGAGAUGUUACAUAGGUUGGAGUCCUUAGAAAGCUGUAACUAUAACGGGAUGGACGUGGCAGUGCUCGAGAAACAAGCAGCAGGAUUGAAAUGGCAGCAGCAAAACUAUGUGGUCCAAAACAGCAAUCUUGUUGAUCUAUGUGCAAGCUCAGUACCUCAGUUUCAGGGUCUGUUUGGGAGCAAUUUAGGUCGUGGACAAAUGAUUGAGCUGAAAAGGCCAGAAGUUUUUCUGGGUAGUGAUGAUUUUCAGGAAUUUGUGAACUUUCCGGUAGCUGGACCAGAGUUUGGUGACAGUGAAAAGUUGGAUUUGGUGCCGCAUGAGGCUGCUGCAGAUUACUGUAUUUCUCGGACUUCUAGCUGUCAGAUGACAGCUCACAAUACUUCUGUAAUGAAAGAGGAAAGAGAGGAUACGAUUCUGGAGAAAAUGGAAUCCGCCAUUGGCAGUGGCAAAGAGAGCUUUAACAAGAGAAAAGCUGAGGCUGUUGCAGACCAUAAAAGUAAAGGUAAGAGGAUUAAAGGGGAAGGGGAAUCUGAGGUGAAAGCAAAAUGCAGUACUGAAAUUUCCAGGGAUUCUUCAAAGGAGAACUCCAAGGCUUCUGAGGUUCAGAAACCGGAUUACAUUCUUGUAAGAGCGCAUCGCGGCCAGGCUACGGACAGUCACAGCUUGGCUGAAAGAGCCAGAAGGGAAAAGAUCAGUAAGAAGAUGAAAUGCUUGCAGGAUUUAGUCCCUGGUUGCAAUAAAAUCACAGGCAAAACUGGAAUGCUUGAUGAAAUAAUCAACUACGUUCAAUCUCUCCAAAGACAAGUUGAGUUCUUGUCUAUGAAAAUUGCUGCUCUAAAUUCAAGUGUUGAAAACCUACCUAUGAAAGAGUUUCCUGCUUAUGUCGCCAAUUUUCCAGCAGCCGCUAAGUUACCGGAAAUGGCCGGUUUGCCCUCCUACUUUCAGUUGAAUCCAUUGCAAAAAGAAUCUGUAAAUUGCAUGUUAAAUGAAUCAAUGCUUCCUCCCCAAACAGCAACUGAAGGAAUUGCAAGUGCUUCUGUUUCUAGCUCAUCCGGCAUAACUCAACUGCAACCAUUCUCAGCUUGGAACAUGGAUCCUCAAGGUCUUUCCAAUAUGUACAAUAUGGGGUUUUAUUAAGGAUGAUCAACUAAUUUUUGCCUACAACAUCAACAGAUUCUAUUCCUGGAAUCAUAUCAAACUUCUAGAGGGAAUACAAUUACAAAUGCCACUAUUCCAAUGAUUCUGAUAGUUACCAUUCCUGAAAUCCUUGCAGUAUCAAGAUGAAGAUGUUAUUUUUUAUGACAUUAUUGAUUAUUCACCAUCUUAAUCCUUACAAGACUGUAUUACUAG